UCAUGUGGUGAAGAGUUUAUUUGUGGAAUCACAUGCAACAACUCUCAAGCAUUUUGCUUUAACUUAUCAAAUCCGGGUAAAAAGUUUUCCCAGAAAGUGCCCAAUACAACUCUUACUCACAAAUUGCUUCAGGCAAAUAGCAUGCUUCUGCCAUUAAAGGAUCUUACUUUUCUAGUGUAGAAUAUGGAAACGUGGGUCAUUGGAAGUUUAAUAAAAACAUCAUUUGAUUCGUUUCAGAAGUCUAAUAUUGAUAGUCUUGUUUUUAGAAGGAUUGUUUCUGGUGAUGGGUUUAGUUUGCGGCGUUAUUAAGGAAGGCGGUGUGGUUUGUUGGGGAUCAAGACCAGCUAAUCCGGGAGUCUCAGCUGUUUCCGGUGAAUCUGAGAUUUUAGCCUCGGGAAGGGGUUCUGGUUGUGGUUUGUUCGGGUUUCGCGAGGAUAGUCAUGAAGUUGAGUGUUAGGGGAAUAUUGAACUGGCUUCGAUUCCAAAGGGCUCGGGGUUUUUGUCUAUUGCUUCAUCAGAUUACGCUACUUCUGGGGUUAGAGAAGUUGACUUUAGUUCUGAGUGUUCAUGGGAAGCCCCUGCACUAGAUUAUAGCCUCCCUUUCCAGUUGUGUAUAUAUGGGCAGUUUAGUCAUUUUGUUAUAUUGGAAUUUUUUGCUGACAUAAAAUGGUUAUUUUGCAGAUUGCAGCGGUAAUAAUAUAGAAUUUGGGGUGUUUUUUUUUUAAUUAAAAUAUCUUUAAAAAAAAUUAUUUUUUUAUAUUAACAUAUAAAAAUAUCUAAAAAUAUUUAAAAAGUAACUUAAAAUAAAAAAAUAUUUAUUUUUAAACAUUUUUAAAACAAAAAAAUAAUUGGUAUCUUGCCUUCUCAAAUUGUUCAGAAAUUUCAGCGUUCAAUUUUCAAUGGCUUUGAUCUUUCUUUAUACAAGAAAGUCAAAAAAAAAGGCCGUCCAUUUCACUAUCAAAUGGACUCCUCACUUGUUGUGCCGUUACUUGCUCCACCGGAACACCACAAAGCUGCAAGAAAAGGUUUAAAAAAUGUCACUUAACUCGACAGGGAAAGCUGAUGAAGACGAAAGAAGAGAAGAUGUAGCUGUAGCUGCAGUAGAAAGACAAGAUUCAAGAGAAGUUGAUGAAGGCAAAGGCACUUGGAAACACGCAGCGUUCCAUGUUGCCACAACAAUUGCUACCCCUGCUGCUUAUGCUCCUUUACCGUUUGCUCUCGCUUCUCUUGGCUGGCCCCUUGGGGUGAGUAGUUUGGUAGGUGCAACACUGGCCACCUGGUACUCCAGUCUAUUGAUUGCGUCUUUGUGGAGAUGGAACGGGAAGAAGCAGAUCACAUAUAGGCAUCUCGCAGAAAGCAUCUUCGGAUUCUGGGGUUACUGGUCCAUUGCAUUUUUUCAGCAGGUGGCUUCUUUGGGCAAUAACAUUGCAAUUCAAAUUGCUGCCGGCAGCAGCCUCAAGGCUGUUUACAAGCACUAUCACAAAGAUGGUACGCUGACCUUGCAGCAUUUUAUUAUCUUCUUUGGAGCCUUUGAACUUUUUCUCUCUCAACUCCCUGAUAUCCACUCGUUGAGAUGGGUCAAUGCGUUGUGCACGUUCAGCACGAUCGGCUUUGCUGGCACAACAAUUGGCGUGACAUUGUAUAAUGGUGAGAAUAUGGAUAGAAAAUCAGUCAGUUACAGUGUGCAAGGGAGCUCCUCUCUUAAGAGAUUUAAAGCCUUCAAUGCUUUGGGGGCAAUUGCCUUUUCAUUUGGAGAUGCGAUGCUUCCAGAAAUACAGAACACUGUAAAAGAGCCUGCAAAAAAGAACAUGUAUAAAGGUGUAUCAGCAGCAUACACCGUUAUUAUCUUGACUUACUGGCAAUUGGCAUUCUGUGGAUACUGGGCAUUUGGGUCAGAAGUUCAGCCUUACAUUUUGGCUUCUCUGACUGUUCCAGAAUGGACAAUUGUCAUGGCAAAUCUCUUCGCAGUUAUUCAGAUAUCAGGAUGCUAUCAGAUAUAUUGCAGGCCAACGUAUGCCUACUUCGAGAACAAUAUGCUGCGGAGCAAGACUGCCAGCUAUUUCCCUCUCAAAAACUGCCUGAUUCGGCUGGUGUGCACCUCCAUUUACAUUGUUCUUAUCACCCUCAUUGCUGCAGCGAUGCCCUUUUUUGGUGACUUUGUAUCAAUAUGUGGUGCCAUUGGGUUUACCCCGUUGGAUUUUGUUUUCCCUGCCAUAGCAUAUUUGAAAUCUGGAAGAAUGCCGAAAAACAUGGAGCUUCGCUUAUCAGUGCAGCUCCUUAAUUUAGCGAUAGCUACCUGGUUCUCAGUUGUUGCAGUAUUGGGUUGCAUUGGUGCUGUCAGGUUUAUUGUGGAAGAUAUCAAGACCUACAAGUUCUUUCAUGACUUGUAAGAAUUGAUAUUGAUGCACCGAUACAAUGUCUCGAUAUGAAUUUUCUUGUACAGGAGCAUGAAAGUUAGCCACAGAUUAUCAAACUAUAUACAUUGUAAUCUACACACAUUUUUCCUUCUUGCCAUCAGUAUAUCCUGUAAAACCCCUGGUUUGCCUGCUCCCUUUUUAUCAAAGAUGGCAGCAGAUUGUUUAAUAUGUCUUUUGAAUUGUGAACAUGAUUUGAUAUUGCUUGGACACAAGAUUGAUACAUUUGAUUUCAUA